AUGGAAAUCGAUCAAUUUGACGGAAUUCAAAAAAGAUUGCAAUUAAUUCUCGCGGGAAUAAACAAAGUCCGUGACGAUUUAGAUUUAGACAAAGAACAAUUAAAGAGUAAUGUUAAAAAAAUCGGUAGUGAAGUUAAUAAAAUAGAACGAAGCUUUAAAAGCGAAGAAUUUGAAUUAGUAGACUUGAUUUUGGAAGAAGUGACGUUAAUAAAAGAAGAAAUGAGGAGUGGGAGGGAGGAAAUGAAGGUUGAGAUACAAAAACUCAGCGAAUCGGUCGCGAAGCUCGAUAAAAAGUGCCGGAGAAUCAACGACGACUCGGAGGAUCUUCAUGUUCGUCUAAACUCGGCUUUAGAUGAGGCGAAAGUUGCCGAAGAGCGAUUGGAAGAAGAGAGGGGGAAGAAUGACGUCAGCGCGGAGCUGGUGGGGAGACUCAAGGAAAGGGAGCGGCAGCUGGAAGAGAAGCUGGAGGGGAUGAGUAAGAAGAUGGCGGAGCUCAACAAAAUGUCGGAGAAGACUCAGGUCUCUUUUAGCGAGUCCAAGUCCCAAGAAACUUGGCUCAAAGGCGAGAAUUUCGUGAUUAAGGACUAUAAAGUCUCUGAAGAGGUUAGAGAGGUUGAAUUCAAUUUUAAGAAGUUUGGGGAGCAGGAUAAAAUUGUUAGAAGGACUGAUGAGGUUGCGGGUUGGAACUGGCUCGAGAAAAUGGAGGACAGGAUGACCAAUAUUGUUAUUAAGGGUUUGAAGGUUCAGGAGGAUAAUAUUGUGGAGCAGGUUAGUCAGUUUAUUGAAUUGAAGCUUAAUGCGCAGAUUAAGGUUCUUGCGGCUAAGUAUUUUGAAGGUAAGGAUAAAGAGAGGGCGCUGCUGGUUAAGUUGGAGAGCGAAGAAGAUGUCGAGGAGGUUAUGCGCAGGCACAAGUUUGGAAUGGACGGGAUUUUUAUAGAGUAUGGUGAAAUGACGCCGCAGAGGGAGCUGCGGAAGCAGUUGAAGAUUAUUGUUGAGAAACAAUUGAAACAUACUAAUAGUUAG